ACUUACUUGUCAAGUUUAUGUCACAGUGAAUGAUUUCACAAUUGUAUUUUUAGGUACCUAUGUACUUUUAAAUUAAUACAUUCUCAAAUUAUAGAAGGCUCACGCUUUCCAAAUUGAUUCUGACCGAUUUCUAUAUGAUAUAUCUACAAGUUUAAUAUAAAAUAAUAAAGAUGAAUACAGAGAGUGUGAUUGGUGAUGGUAAAAUGGAGAAACUAGGUCCCACACUUCCUAUUAAUCACCGCUUUUUAGAACCAGAGAAGGCAGUCAAAACAAUAACAGAUAUGGCUAUUUGGGAAAAGUCCGAAGCUUAUAUGGAAUACACAGGUUUUAUUGCCACUCUGAAUGAAGCAAUCAAAGGAAAACCAUUGUCAGUUGACUGUAAAAUUUCAAAUAAUGUCUCAAAAUUUAUUAAUUUAUUAGAUAAAAUUGAUGAACUCAUAGAUGAGUUUCCACCAGUUGAACAGCCACAACGAUUUGGUAACACUGCAUUCAGAGAUUGGCUGGCUAAGGUGAAAAUAAGUUCUACUCAAUUACUCCAGGAGGUUCUGGAACCUCAACUGCAUUUAGCCAUACCAGAGAUAAAAGUGUAUUUAGAAGAAAGCUUUGGUAAUGCAACCAGAAUUGACUAUGGAACGGGACAUGAAAUGUCCUUUGUAAUGUUCCUCUGUUGCUUAUACAAAAUUGGGUUCUUUGAUUCUGAAGAUAAAGUGGCUACUGUAUUUUUUAUAUUUAAUAAAUACCUGCAGAUUGCAAGAAGGUUACAACAGACAUAUAGGAUGGAGCCAGCUGGCAGUCAUGGUGUGUGGAGCUUGGAUGAUUAUCAAUUUGUUCCUUUUAUAUGGGGAAGCUCACAAUUAAUAAACCAGCCGAGAAUUUAUCCGCCUGUGAAGUUUCUGGAAGAUGAUAUUAUUGACAAAUAUGCAGAUGAAUACAUGUUUCUCUCUUGUAUUAAAUAUAUAAAAGAGGUUAAAAAAGGACCUUUUGCAGAGCACUCUAACCAGCUAUGGAGUAUAAGUGCAGUUGGAUCCUGGACUAAAAUCAAUCAGGGUUUGAUCAAAAUGUACAAAAAAGAAAUUCUCGCCAAGUUCCCAGUUAUACAGCAUGUUAUGUUUGGUUCACUUCUUCCAAUACGUAGAUUUCCAAUCCAGCAAUAAAAAAAUAUGCCUCUUACUUUAUUUGUAGUCUAGAUUCAAUAUUUAAGACUUAAUUAUAUAUUUCUCAUCUCUUUGUCAUAAAGAAGCCAGUAAUGGAGUAUUAAGUAUUAAUAUUAUUUAUUUCCAAUAUGAGUAUCUUAAUACAUGAAGUAUUGGUUUUAUUGAAUUAAAAAAUGUGAUAUUAAAUUAUAAAUAUUCAAACAUAAAUUUAUUCCUUAGAUUAGUGAGCUGUGAUUGAUUCAUCAAAUAU